AUGGGUGGAAUCCCUUGGACGUCAGCCGCAUGCAAGAACUGUAAGAAGAGCAAAGUCAGAAGCCAGAAUGUACAAGAUGCAUCAGGCGCCGCACACCUUGUCCCGGGUACGAAGGGCGGAUCUUUGUCCAGCAAACCUUUCCCCAGUCGACUUCCCGAAAUCCAAGUGAAAAGAGGAGAUCAGUCCAAAUUCAAAGCCGAGCAGACCCCUGGAGACUACCCCAAGCUGUGA